UGGUUAUCAUGGGUGCGCCUGGUUCUUAUUACUGGACCGGAACAGUCAAAGUGUUUAACAUGACAUCCAAUACUCACUACAACCUUAAUCAAGACAACCUGAGUCCUCGCAGAUACAGUUACCUCGGGUAUGCUGUGACAGCUGGUCACUUCUCUUCCCCGAAUACCAUAGACGUGGCAGCUGGUGCUCCUCAAGACAGUGGUGUUGGAAAAGUUUACAUCUUCAGAAUUGAAGGAGCAUCUCUUGUGAAGACCUUUCAAGCCUCAGGGAAAAUGAUGGGCUCUUACUUUGGCUCCUCAUUGUGUGCAGUUGACCUAAACGCAGACGGACUGUCGGACUUGCUGGUGGGAGCACCCAUGCACAGCAAGAUCCGGGAUGAAGGCCAGGUUUCUGUUUACCUCAGCAGUGGCAAUAUUUGGAUAAAAUGAUUGAUAGUCAGAAUGAGAGUCUAAACAG